GUGAACAGCUAACUUGAUAAUAUUCGAGUAACUAACCUAUUAUAACUAUUCACUUACUUUACAUUUAUAUAAAACAGGAUAUAAUUGUCCGCCCUUCUCAUUAUCCGCUCGAGCGCAUUGAAAGAUGUUCAAUGUGUUGUAUGAAAGGACCACCACAACAGUAUAUGUUCCACACGGAGGCAUUUUGUCAACGGACUCCAAAAACGAACGAGUUUGCGCUGUACUCACAAGGAAGUGCGGACAAAUUGGUGCGCCUUUUUCAGCUGAGUUGGCCCAUAUGAAAAGCUGGUGAUUUGUUGGUUUUGUAAUUUAUACAACCUGAGAUCAAUUUUCCCCAAAGUAAGGAGUAAUAAUCUGGCAGAGGCGACACGCGUCACACCUUUAACAUGCCCCGGAGAAAGAGGACCGCCGGCAGCAGCUCGGACGGGACGGAGGACUCGGACUUUUCCGCCGACCUCGAUCCAGCUUCCGAGAGCGUGCACAGGCGCAGCAGCACGCGCCUGACUCGCGCUUCACUGCGCCUCAGCCGGAGCUCACAAGAUAACUGCAGCUCACUACGGAGCAGUUCUCCUGCUGUCGCGGGUACUGACGAAGGCCUGGAUUCAGCAGCAGAGUCGGCAGCAGCAGCCGUGGCAGCGUCCGUCUUCUCCUCCGGGCGCAGAAUCACACGCAGCCAGCAGGGAGCGACAAACACCACAGCCAAAAAAUACCCACUGCGCCAGAGCAGGUCUUCUGGCUCAGAUACCGAGGCUAAUGAUCUGAAGCAGGGGACGGACCGGGACGAGACGCCUCCCCGGACCCCGACGGGUAACGCCCCAUCCUCAGAGUCAGACAUCGAGGUUUCCAGCCACAGCAACGACAUUGUGUCUUCUAGCAACGACAUUGUAGUUUCACAAGAGGAGGACGAGAGAUUGGCCAAAGAGCUGUCACUGAAAGAGGCCGCAGCCCAUGACCUUUCCCACCGGCCCAAACGACGGCGCUUCCACGAGAGCUACAACUUCAACAUGAAGUGUCCCACACCUGGGUGCAAUUCAUUGGGUCAUCUAACAGGGAGGCAUGAGAGACAUUUCUCCAUAUCGGGAUGUCCUCUCUACCACAAUCUCUCUGCUGAUGAAUGCAAGGGCAAGGCAUCGACGCGCGAGAAACAGGCUGAGGAAAGGACACUGUCACACCGCCAGGACGAGAACAGACACUCCACAAGAAACCAGACACCUACAGACCGUCAGCUGCGCUACAAGGAGAAGGUGACGGAGCUGAGGAAGAAGAGAAAUUCUAGCCUCAAUAAGGACCAGAAAGACAAGUACAUGGAGCACCGUCAGAGCCACGGAGCGAGCAGGGAGCCGCUGCUGGAGAACAUCACCAGCGACUACGACCUUGAGCUGUUCAGGAAAGCGCAGGCACGUGCUUCGGAGGACCUUUCAGCACAACCUCCUCUGCAGCCACAGGAAGAGUCUGAGAUAUUUUUGGAGAAACUCCGUCUGACCGGCCAGCUGUCGGAGGGCAGCAACAUGAUUAAGACUAUCGUGUUUGGACGCUACGAGCUGGACACAUGGUACCAUUCUCCAUACCCAGAGGAAUACGCCCGCCUGGGGAGGCUCUACAUGUGCGAGUUCUGCCUUAAGUAUAUGAAGAGCCAGACCAUUCUGCGCAGACACAUGGCCAAGUGUGUGUGGAAGCACCCUCCAGGUGACGAGAUCUACAGGAAGGGGAAUAUCUCUGUCUUUGAGGUGGACGGAAAGAAGAACAAGAUUUACUGUCAGAACUUAUGUCUGUUGGCGAAGCUCUUCCUGGACCACAAGACUCUGUAUUACGACGUCGAACCUUUCCUCUUCUAUGUCAUGACCGAAGCUGACAACACAGGGUGCCAUCUAGUCGGAUACUUCUCCAAGGAGAAGAACUCCUUCUUGAACUACAACGUUUCCUGCAUCCUCACCAUGCCACAGUACAUGAGGCAGGGCUACGGCAAGAUGCUCAUCGACUUCAGUUACCUGUUGUCUAAGGUGGAGGAGAAGGUGGGUUCACCUGAGCGGCCCCUGUCUGACCUGGGCCUUAUCAGCUACCGGAGUUACUGGAAGGAGGUGCUGCUGCGCUACUUGAACAACUUCCAGGGCAAAGAGAUCUCCAUCAAAGAGAUCAGUCAGGAGACGGCAGUGAACCCGGUGGAUAUUGUCAGCACACUGCAAUCGCUACAGAUGCUCAAGUACUGGAAGGGAAAGCACUUGGUUUUAAAGAGACAGGACCUUAUCGACGACUGGAAUGCCAAGGAGACCAAACGUGGUAACGGAAAGAGCAUUGACCCCAAAGCCUUAAAAUGGACACCGCCUAAAGGGACUUAAAGGAGCUUCCUUUCACACUCCAAACUCCAAACACACACAUACACAAACACACUGGCAUGCUCACAGACCAUGAGCCUAAACCCCUCAGUCACACUCCUGUACAAAACGCUUUCAGCAGCUACAGCACAGUCAGCCGUUACUCUGGGUUCAGCAGUCACUGUCAUGACAAGUCCAACAAAUACAACAUUGGCUCACUGAUAUGAUGACUGUCGAGAGUAUUUGUUUGGACAUUACACAACAUUAGAAGAAGAUUUGGAGAAUGUGUCAUGCAUCUAGACCUUUUACAUGAACCAAUCCGAUCAGGAAUGUAUUCGAUGUUUAAGACCUGGCUGUGUGUAAUCUCUUUGUAAGAUCUCGCUCUGCAAAGUUUGACCAAGCUGCCGUCAGAGUUUGGAUCAUGGGAUCAGAGAAGAUGCAUAUCACUAAUGGUUCAUUAAUGGCAGUGUUAGCAACAUUUGAAACAAAAGCACUAUUACAGCUUGUGAUGUCCUUAAAUACUUAGUUAAAAUUGGGGUAUGCAGUUUAUUUUUGGUGUUAUUGGGCAAAAAUUCGAUAUUCAAAAUUCCUGUUUCCCGAUGCCGUUACAUAUUCUAUGAGAACUACUAUGACGUACUGUGAUUCGAGGCUCUAGCUGGCUACAAUAUAGGCGAUGUGUUUAAGAGAUGGCGAGAAAAUGUUGCUAGCCUUCUGCUAACUGUCGGCGUCACUACUGCGCCACAGUGGUGAGCUAACCAUUAGCUCAUGCGGAAGGCUGAACUAUUAGAGAGAUUGAGAGAAAAUGUUGCUUAUAGUUUGGCCUUCUGCUAAUCGUAGCCUUGAGCAGAAUGCUAAACUACUAGCAAUAUUUUAAUCAUCUGUGAAAUGCUUCACCGAUAGUGUCAGACGUUUUUGGUGACUUUGCACUUCAGGCAGUUGUUGCCAAUGUUGGAAUCGCAUCUUUUCCUGACUGAUUUCCCCCCAUUGUUUCAGCCUUUCAGCAUCUGAAGGGACGUGCAUGUGGCAAAAGUCUUCAGUCAUGGGCUGUAUUUUCCAAAGCCGGAAAACGGAGCCAAUAGGAGCCAUCUUUCUAUUUUUCUCUCAGACCACUUCACUUACAAUAAUUGAAUCAAGUUUUUACCCAGUGACGCCAAAAAUGUAAUUGCUAACCCAAUUUAAAGUGAGUGUAACAAAAACAGUUGUGAUUUAGAUGAACUGAAAACAAUACACAAUCAUUUUGUAGACAAGCUAGACUAGACAGCCCAGUGUUUUAUAGCCUUACAUGUUUACAAGCUGUUUGCCAGAUAUGACCAUUUUUGGAUUUUGCUAAUUUGAUUAGAAUUGUAAUAACUUAUUUUUAAAUAGUUGGUUCAUUUCACAAUUGUACACAAUUUAUUAAUGUGAUUAUUUAUUUCAUAAUGUUAAGAUUCUGGUCCAACAAACAGUAUGACUAAAAUGCAAUAUAAUGAGCUUCGCAGCAGCCAGUGAUGUCUGUCUGCUUAGGAUCACUGCUGAUAUCUCCUCGACCUCAUUUGUUAUCUGCAAAGUGAAAGUAAUUGUGCGUUGUUACCUCCUGCCUGACACUUGAUUAGCACAGUGCACCAGACACAACCGCUAAUCCAAUCUGCAGCAGCCGGUAUUGAACCUGUGCUGCUUUUCAUUCUGUUCUCAAGACGGUCGACACAAUGCAGGUCGGCAGCACAUUGACUCAUACAUACAGUUUGGCAGACCGCUGUGAUUAAACAGGCCUGGGCCGAAAAUCCAUAAAGUUUCUAAGAAUAGGAGCCACAACAUUGUUUUAACAUUAAGGUCACAUGAUUAAAUAGAGAAUUCCCAAGCAGACUUUAAAUGAAAAGGAAUGUCUUUGAGAAUUGCAAAAAAACCUUUUAGAGCAGGAACUAAAUAUUACCUAUCAUUAAAGGGAUAGUUCAGAUCUUUCCCGAUCCCUGAAGAACGGGCAUGAGCUGCAGAGUGAUGUUGCCUAACAUUAUACAACCCAUCAAAUAAAAAAAAAAAACGUGUAGACAUCUGAAAUCGUAUGACGAGUUACAGUAAGAUGGACUCUUUUUGUGUAAGAAAUGGAAGAUACUGACGGUGGCUGUUUGAACCCAGAGCUCAUCAAACACUCAGCAUCUCUCGCAUGCAACAAACACACACAUUGUGUCCAGUAUUUAACCAAUCACAGACGGGGGGGGGGGAUAGUCUGGAAGCUAUAGCUGCCAUUGGCCAUGUGUGGACCGUGUCAUGUCAGCAGGAUGGGACCUACCGUAUGUGUUUUGUUACCACCUGUCUUCCCUUCUUUUUUAACCUUGUAUCUUAGUGACGCCUGUGUUGUUUUAUGAAGUCUGCAGUUAUAUUGUGAAUUGUGAAUCUCAGCUGUUCUCACAAACAUGUUGAUGUCUUGUCUGUGUCCUUUGUGGUGGUUUUGUUAAAGCUCUCAAUGAUAUUUUAUACUUUUUCUACCUCUAAGGUUUACCACUGUAUAAAAGCUAGAACGGCCCAUUUUAAGCUUA